UCCAGGAAUAGGGUUGGGCAGCCCUGAUAUAAAAUUUCGUUUGGAGAGACAAAUUCAGUUUACAAUUAAUUUACAACAUUAUGUUCAGUGAUUGGAUGGCGACUGGAUAUCGCAUGGUAUGUGCGCUGCAGCUACAUGAGAUCAGGUUGCGGCUAAACCAGUCCAAACGAAGUAGUAGAUUUCUAAGCGAGUAGCUGAGUGCGAUUUGCACGCAUACUGUCGCAAACGAUUGGAAGUUAUGAUUCAGACAACUCAUGUCAGUGUUUCAAUUUAGACUCUUGUUCAGUCAGGUUGUUCAGUUAUCUUAUCCUGUCAAUAUCUCUGCAUAUCUUACUAACACGACGACGCUCAAGUUAAAAUAUGAAUUGGGGUAUACGGACCACCAGGACUGGAAGCGUGUUUCUUUUGAAAAUAUAAAGGAGUGAAGAUGAGCUCGGAGCCGUGCUGGGGAAGGGCGGCCGGGUCGACGUACGCCAGCGUCUCCCACGUCAGCGCUAUUGCAGAGGAAGGGGAAGACUCUCCACCUGCCGCCGUGGAGAGCAAGGCCUCCUCGAGUUAUUCUGGCAGCGACUCCGACACCGGGCCACGGUCCAGUCCAGAGAUGGGCCGGCUGCCUUCGGACGCCGGGUCCAGAAGUCAGGAACUUUGUGGCGCCGGCGAACAGCGGGAGAUGGUGGACGAGCCCUCGGGACAUGACUCCAACCAGAGCGCCGAGCCAGCAACACCCCCGCAGAAGGGCGCAAAAUCGGCUAUGGCAGACGGGCCAUCGGGGGCGACGGGUUUCUCCGGGAUGAAGAAGCUCGGCGCCGAAGGAGACACGGAGGACAGGCCCCACAAGUGCCCGCAGUGCGGCUGGGCUUUCAAGAGGGCCGGCAACCUCGUGAGCCACAUGGAGACGCACAGAGGCCUGAAGCCCCACGUGUGCGAGCUGUGCGGCAAGGCCUACACCCACCAGGGCACCCUGCAGCAGCACAAGCGCCUGCACACGGGCGAGCGGCCCUACCGGUGCCCCUUCUGCGACCGCACCUACAUCCGGUCCUCGGACUUCCGCAAGCACACCCGCUCGCACACGGGCGAGAAGCCCUACGCGUGCGGGGCCUGCGGCAAGGCCUUCGCCCGCUCGUCCGACCUGCGCAAGCACGAGCGCAACAUCCACGCCAACAACAAGCCCUUCCCCUGCGCGCAGUGCGGCAAGACCUUCAACAAGCCGCUGUCGCUGCUCCGCCACCAGCGCUCGCACCUGGGCGAGCGGCCCUUCCGCUGCCCCGACUGCGGCAAGGACUUCGCCGUGGCCAGCCGCAUGGUGGAGCACCAGAAGACCCACAGCGGGGCGCGGCCCUACUCCUGCCCCGUCUGCCUCAAGGCCUUCAGCCGGGCGUCUGGCCUGGCCGAGCACCAGGAGCUCCACUCGGGCCUGCGGCCCUUCCGCUGCUCCGAGUGCGGAGGGGCCUUCGCCCGGGCCUCGCGCCUGGCCCGGCACCAGCACGUCCACACGGGCGAGCGGCCCUACCAGUGCCCCGACUGCGGCCUCAGCUUCUCCCACACCGCCACCCUCCGCCGCCACCAGCUGAGGCACUGCAGCGGGAGGCCGUCGCCCCACGCCGGCUCCGCCCACCAGGAGCCUGCCCGGUGCUCAUUGGUCGACUCCCAGGCCGACUAUGACUUCACUCUGCCCAACCAAUCAGACCACAGGCCCGGCCCAGGAGAGCUUCCUCCAACAGAGGACACACAGUCAUCGAGCUCUGACUCCUCAGAGCAGACUGACCUUUGAGUCUGACCACUUACAUGUCACGUGACCAUCUGCUCAACUUUACACUUUUGAGGCAUGAGGGUAAUAAAACUAUUCAUAGGCUGGCUUGGUACUUAUUGUGCCCUAUUGUCUGACAGACACUGACAAGCUAAAAUCUCUUGACGCCACUGUAUGUGUGCCCAAGGUCUUUUUAGGCUGUAGAGUCACACCCACCUGUUAGAAUGCAGUGUUAUUUUAGGUGGCAGAGAUUUGCCUCCUUGUUAACAAUUACAAUUACAGUACAAUUAAUCCUAACCUUCUGUAGCCAGCAUUACUCUCGUUGAUUGUAUUUGCAUCUUUGAAAGGGACGACAUGAAAGUAUGUUUGCACAUACCCAGAGUACCAACGAUCUAUCCAGAUAGUUUUGCAGAGAUUUGACAAGUAUCUGCAUCUGCUGCAGUUCACUCAACGGGCCUCAACAGACCCAUAUCUUUGUGGGGCUCAACGUGCUGAAAAUUACAUUAGGAAUAUUAAACAGCAACGUCUCUUUCUAAAUAUAAUACUACAGCUAUGUAUGAACAUCCACAAAGCUUAAUUUGUGCACGGUUUCAUCAGGAAACUAUCUGGAUGGAUUGUUAGUACUCUGGGUCAGAGGGAAUGUACCUUAAUUUCAUUUUUGGGUUUAAACAUGAGAACUCAUUCAUUCAUAAUUCAUCUAUUUGAAGACAGUAAGAGUCAAAAACAAUGUACAGCAUAUGGGUGGGAUGGAUUUAUUCAGAUUAUCGAUGGCCCCAGUCCAUCCAGGACAGUAGUUAAACUGAAUUGCUAAGAUUAAGGUUCAUUAACGCCCUAGGUUCAUGUGAGAAAGCUAUGUCUGCUAAGCAAAUAAAUAGCUAAUGAUGACCGUCAGGAA